AUGACAAACAUUAGUAUUUCAGUCAUCCUUGAUAAAAAAGCUAAAUCACAAAAACUUAUUAAUAAUAGACCAGGAUAUGAUAUGAAAUAUGUCAACUCAUAUAUUCUGAAUUAUUAUGGUAUUAAUGAUUAUCAACAAUUCUUUGAAGAACUCUUUGAGACUGAAAGACAAUAUAAUACUUUAUCACUAGUCUCUGAGAGAAAGAAAAGUGUAUACCAUAUACAUGCUCUAUUUCUAGCAUUCAGUAAGGGUAAAUUUGUAGAUCAUAAUUACUACCGACCUAGAAUUUAUAAAACUCGUAGAUAUGUAGAAAUUCUCGAACCUAAAGACCUGAUGCAAGAACAUUGGGAUCAUGAUUGUAAUAAACCAAAAACUAGAGAUAGUUCGGCAAGAAUUAUUCAAAAUGUUUGGAGACGAUUUCAAGAAAGAGAGCCAUCAAAUGCACGACUCGCUUGGAACAGCUUAGCAAAUGAUAAUACUCUGAAUAAUAAGAAAUUUCUAGGUUUAACUCGACAUAAAGUAAAAAAUUCUCAGACUCGAGAACAAUUUAAUCAAUGA